AUGGAGAGGUUGAUUUUAGUUUGGAUAAAUGAACUGGAAAUGAAACGAGAUGUAACUAGUAUGCCUAUCAUUCAAGAGAAGGCUGGAGAAAUUUUUGAGAAAUUGAAAGAACAAACUUCAGGUUCGUCAUCCGAGGAGUUAGAAUUCAAGGCGCUCACCGGCUGGUUUACAAAGUUUAAAAGAAGGUCUGGAAUUAAACAUGUAUUAAUGCGUGGUGAGUCUGCUAGUGCAGAUAAAGAAGCAGCUGAGAAGUACUGUCUCAAAUUUCAAGAAUUCAUUGAAGUGGAAGGGUAUCGUCCACAACAAAUAUUUAAUUGUGAUGAAACUGAUAUGUUUUGGAAGCGCAUGCCGAUCCGUACCUACAUCACGAAAGAUGAGAAAAGUGUUCCUGGGCAUAAAUCAAUGAAAGACCGAUUGACGUUACUUUUGGGAGCUAACGCUAGUGGUGAUAUGAAGCUUAAACCACUUCUCGUUUACCACUCUGAGAAUCCCAGAGCAUUAAAAACAAAUUCCAUAAUUAAGAGCAAAUUGCCAGUGAUGUGGAGAUCGAAUAAGAGGGCAUGGGUCACGCAGUAUCUUUUCAAAGAAUGGCUAUUUAAAGUUUGUGCCCCGAGCAUCAAGGACUACCUUGAUACCAAUGACUUGCCGUUGAAAGCACUGCUGCUAUUGGACAAUGCCCCAGGACACCCAAAGGAUCUUGAAGAUAAUUUGUUGACAGACUUUCCCUGGCUGACAGUUCAGGUUUUACCUCCGAAUACGACUUCUUCAGCCGAUGGAUCAGGAGGUUAUUGCGGCUUUCAAGAAAUUGUACACUCACGCACUGUUUCGUCGGUGUUUUGGAGCAAGCUAAUUCUCCUCAACAAUGACUUUAAAAAAGUUUUGGAACGAAAAAUUUGA